AUGUCUUCCUCUUCUGCCCUGUCUGAGUCACAAUGGCUCGCCCAACUACAGGCCAUGAAAGAUGCAAUAGAUAGUCUAAAGGUGCCAAAUGAUGCCGAUAUGUACGGCGCUGAUUUAAACCUAAGUGAUGAGGACUUUUCUUCCCUGCCUGCAUCUACAGACGACAUUUGGGAUAUGAUUAGCGACGAUGAAGAUACUGCCGACGACUUUGACGACAUUAAUGGUGUCCCUUUACCGGAAGAACCAGUAAUCUCAUCGGAUGGCUCCUAUGACCAGAUCUGGCUUGGAAGGAAGUGUCAGUCGAUCGCACAGCGAAUGCAAGGAUUAGAUGCCCUGGAAUUACAGCAGCAGUUGAACGCCAUCCUCUCAACUGACAGUUCGGACGAGGAGCUACAAAUGACCCUCGCUGAAAUUAUUGGCUUUGAUGAUCUGGAUCUUGUUAUUGACCUUAUUGCUCAUCGGAAAGAGCUUUUAUCGUCUCCUUCACAGCCGAACGACCCAAUUCUGUCAAAACUACAAACAAAAGCCCAGAGAGAGGAGGCCCUUCGACAGCAAGAUUAUGAACACAAGCAUGCCAAGCUUGCUUUGAAGCAAGAUCGAGAAGGUCCUCGUUACCCGCACGUUUACAAAACCUACGACGCGGGGAAUACGCUUUCUAUCAAUGGUAGAAAAUACGGUCUUCCCGUCGGUAGCGCUCACAGGGAAGAGCCGCGCUAUACUGAAUACGCUAUUCCUGCCGCCAAAGUUGGGACUUUGGGUGUUGGGCAGAAAUUGGUUUCGAUUUCCGAAAUGGACGGUUUGUGCAGAGGCACGUUCAAAGGCUACAAAACUUUGAAUCGCAUGCAGAGCCUGCUUUAUGAUGUUGCAUACAAAACGAACGAGAAUAUGCUCAUUUGUGCUCCCACUGGUGCCGGUAAAACCGAUGCCGCUAUGCUUACGAUUUUAAAUACGGUUGCGAGAUAUACUCUUCCCAGCCCACUAGAAGAACCGGAUGCCUCUGAAUUUCUCGUUCAAACGGAUGAGUUCAAGAUUGUCUACGUCGCCCCAAUGAAGGCUUUGGCGGCAGAAGUGACAGAAAAACUAGGGAAACGCCUAGCGUGGCUAGGAAUUGAGGUCCGAGAAUUGACCGGUGAUAUGCAGUUGACAAAGCAAGAAAUCGUACAGACUCAAAUAAUCGUUACGACCCCUGAGAAGUGGGACGUCGUGACCCGUAAGAGCACUGGUGAUACGGAACUGGUGCAAAAGGUGCGCCUGUUGAUCAUUGACGAAGUGCACAUGCUCCACGACGAGAGAGGGGCUGUUAUUGAGUCGUUAGUUGCUCGAACUCAGCGCCAGGUCGAGAGCACACAGUCCCUGAUUCGUAUCAUCGGGCUCUCAGCAACCCUUCCCAACUACCUGGAUGUUGCAGACUUUCUCAAAGUCAAUCGGAUGGCCGGGCUAUUUUAUUUUGAUGCUUCUUUCCGUCCGGUUCCAUUGGAGCAACAUUUUGUCGGCGUUAAAGGAGAUCCAGGAUCGAAGAAAUCUCGGGAAAAUCUGGAUUUGGUCACGUUCGAAAAGGUUCGCGAUAUGCUUGAACAGGGUCAUCAAGUCAUGGUCUUUGUUCACUCACGAAAAGAUACGGUGAAUACAGCGAGACUUAUAGCGCAAAUGGCGGCGGAUGAGCAGUGCUCAGACUUGCUUAGCCCGGUAGAUCAUGAAAACUACUCUCAAGCAUUACGAGAACUCAAAACAAGUCGUGGUCGGGAAAUCCGUGAUUUGGUCCCAAAAGGUCUGGGAACCCAUCAUGCUGGGAUGCCCAGGUCUGAUCGAAACCUCAUGGAACGGCUUUUUGCCGAGGGUGUUAUAAAGGUUCUUUGUUGUACGGCUACACUGGCUUGGGGUGUCAAUCUCCCGGCGGCUGCGGUAGUGAUCAAAGGAACCCAGUUAUACAACCCACAGGAGGGUAAAUUCAUCGACCUAGGAAUUCUCGAUGUUCUCCAGAUUUUCGGAAGAGCUGGGCGGCCUCAAUUUCAGGAUACGGGGAUCGGCUUUAUCUGUACCACCCACAACAAGCUACAGCACUAUAUUUCCGCAAUUACUUCUCAGGAGCCUAUUGAAUCAAGAUUCUCUCGCAAGCUCGUUGACAAUCUCAACGCCGAGAUCUCUUUAGGAACGGUGACCUCGGUCACAGAAGGGGUCCAGUGGCUUGGCUAUUCGUACCUCUUCGUCCGAAUGAGGCGGAACCCUCAUUCAUACGGAAUUGACUGGUCUGAAAUUCGUGAUGACCCCCAUCUCGUCCAACGCCGUCGGGAUCUAAUCAUCAAAGCCGCCCGUGUUCUUCAGCAGAGUCAAAUGAUUAUAUUCAAUGAGGGUACUGAGGAGCUCCGUUCUAAGGACGUGGGGCGAAUUGCUAGUCAAUACUACAUUUUGCAGACAAGCGUGGAGAUUUUCAACACGAUAAUGAACCCUAACGCGAGCGAUGCAGACGUGAUGAAGAUGAUUAGCAUGAGCGGCGAGUUUGACAAUAUUCAGUCACGGGAGAAUGAGUUCAAGGAGCUCGAUAGGCUUCGAUUAGAGGGAUUACGAACUGAGGUGGAAGGCACAAAUGAUAGUCCCCACGCGAAGACCAAUAUUCUACUCCAAUCAUACAUAUCUCGGGCUCGCGUGGAGGACUUUGCGUUGGUAUCCGAUACGGGCAAAUUUUGGCCCUUUCAACAUCCUUUUUAUCAGUUUGAUUUGCCACGUCCCAUCUUGAAGAAUUUGGAUGAGAGGUUCCCUGCCUCUUCGGUCGAGUCUAUGCGGGAUAUGGAACCGGCAGAGCUCGGCCAACUCGUCCAUAACAAACCGGGAUGGGAAAUGUGCUUUCGAAACUGUUGGACAAUUUUCCAACCCGUAAGUAUCGAAGCUGAAAUUGCUCCUUUGAAUCGGGACGUUCUUCGCAUUCGCCUUUAUCUAUACCCUGAUUUCGUUUGGAAUGUACGGCAUCACGGCACCUCAGAGCCGUUCUGGGUAUGGGUUGAAAACUCGGAGACAUCUGAGAUUUAUCACCAUGAAUACUUCAUCCUAAACAAGAAAAAGCUCCACGACCACCAUGAACUGAAUUUUACAAUUCCUCUCUCUGAUCCUCUUCCGAGCCAGAUUUAUGUAAGGGCAAUAUCUGAUCGAUGGCUGGGGGCCGAAACCGUGACUCCAGUAUCUUUUCAACACCUCAUUCGACCAGACACUGUGAGUGUGUAUACUGACUUGCUUGACCUUCAACCGUUGCCUAUUUCUGCAUUGAAAAAUCCAUCCCUCGAGGAGAUAUAUGGACAAAGGUUUCAAUUUUUUAACCCCAUGCAAACCCAAAUUUUCCAUACCCUUUAUCAUACAUCAGCAAAUGUCUUAUUAGGAUCACCGACUGGGAGCGGUAAAACUGUUGCCGCAGAGCUUGCUAUGUGGUGGGCUUUCCGUGAGAAACCUGGAUCGAAGAUCGUCUACAUUGCGCCCAUGAAAGCGUUGGUCCGAGAACGUGUACAGGACUGGCGCCGCAGAUUAGCUAUUCCACUCGGACUUAAACUAGUCGAAUUGACUGGUGAUAACACGCCAGAUACAAGGACGAUCCGCAAUGCAGACAUGAUCAUUACCACGCCUGAAAAAUGGGACGGUAUUUCUCGAAGUUGGCAAACAAGAGGAUACGUGCGGCAGGUUAGCUUGGUUAUUAUCGAUGAAAUCCAUUUGUUGGGCGGUGACCGUGGCCCCAUUCUGGAAAUCAUUGUUUCUCGAAUGAACUAUAUAGCAUCGCAAAACAAGGGCUCUGUGCGCUUGCUCGGCAUGUCCACCGCAUGCGCUAAUGCUACUGAUCUCGGAGACUGGCUCGGUGUAAAACAGGGCCUUUACAAUUUCCGGCACUCCGUUAGACCCGUUCCACUGGAGAUAUAUAUCGACGGGUUCCCGGAGCAGCGAGGCUUCUGUCCGCUAAUGCAGUCGAUGAACCGCCCAACUUUCCUUGCUAUCAAGAAUCAUUCCCCAGACAAACCUGUUAUCGUUUUCGUGGCUUCUCGGCGGCAAACUCGUCUGACUGCAAAGGACUUGAUAAAUUUCUGUGGCAUGGAAGAUGAUCCGCGACGGUUUGUCCAUAUGUCGGAGGAUGAUUUGCAGGCCAAUCUCGCUCGGGUUAAAGAUGACGCUUUGAGGGAGGCAUUAAGCUUCGGAAUCGGGCUUCAUCAUGCUGGAUUGGUCGAAUCAGAUCGACAGCUCUCAGAAGAGCUUUUCGCCAACAAUAAGAUUCAGAUCCUUAUCGCUACUAGCACCCUUGCUUGGGGUGUGAACCUACCAGCACAUCUUGUCGUGGUGAAAGGAACGCAGUUCUUUGAUGCAAAGAUAGAGGCGUACAGAGACAUGGACUUGACGGAUGUAUUGCAGAUGCUUGGUCGUGCCGGUCGUCCGCAGUUCGACUCUUCGGGUAUUGCACGCAUCUUUACCCAAGACGCAAAGAAAGCGUUCUACAAGCAUUUCCUGCACACUGGAUUCCCGGUAGAAUCUACUUUGCACAAGGUGCUCGAUGACCAUUUAGGCGCAGAAGUGUCGGCUGGCACAAUCACAACCAAGCAAGAUGCACUCGACUAUUUGACAUGGACAUUUUUCUUUCGACGCUUGCACAAGAAUCCGUCAUAUUAUGGCCUUGAGAUCUCCGCUGAGGAGCACAAUUCCAUUGCUGCCCAGGAGAUGGCGGCGACCUUUAUGAUCGAGCUGGUCGAUAAGUCUCUGGGUGAACUUGCAAACUCGUCUUGUAUCUCGUUUGACGAAGCCACUGGGAUACGUCGAUCCGACUCCCUAUGGAAAGAUCAUGAGUUACUACUACAUCUUCCCACAAAACAAUUCGGUUCUGGAUGUCGCACGCGAAACCGGAUCCUACAUUCGCGGACAUUCUUGGUUGCAUUCCUCUUGCUGCAAGCGUUUAUGUCUCGCAUUGACCUUCCCAUCUCUGAUUACGUUGGAGACCAGACUUCGGUACUCGACCAAGGGAUUCGUGUUAUUCAAGCCUGCAUUGACGUUCUCGCUGAAUUAGGCUAUGCCAAGGCCUGUUGGAUGAUGAUGACGCUGCUGCAGAGCAUCAAGGCCGCCAGGUGGCCAGGCGAUCAUCCGUUAUCGAUUUUACCAGGCGUAAUUCCGGAAUUUGAACAGGAUAAACGCAUAGACUCUACGAAAAUCCCUAAAACACUUCAAGAACUAGUUUCGCUACCGCCGUCGGAGAUCAAAAAUGUUGCACAAGCGUUACACCUAGAUCAAUCGACAACGACCCAAUUUACGAAAACAGUCUCUCUUUUACCUAAUCUCAAGGUAUCUGUUACCGAAUUUACCGACAAAGGUCUGGUCGUCCAGCUGGCACGUCAAUCUCCAAGACCAAGUUCGCAGCGACCAUCUCGCCAGCAGGACACGGAAGGAAUUCGCAUCUAUGCGCCCAAGUUCCCAAAGCCACAAACAGAAGGCUGGUUUAUCAUCGUUACCGGCGAUGCGACUUCUGGGAAUGAAGGCGAGCUGCUAGCUUUGAAGCGCGUUUCAUGGUCUAGUAAUGGUAUAAAUAGACCGGGUACCGGGAAGCAGAACCUGACCGCACGGGCAAAGUUAAAUUUCUUCUCUGGGGAGCAAGGGACAAGGGGAAUGAAUGAUUUGAAGGGUAAAAUCAAGGUGAAGGCUGUGAGCGAUGCGUAUCCAGGAAUGGAAUGGGAAAUUCGUUGUUGA